UGAUUGGUCCGCAGCCGCGCUGCUGCAGCAGGAGGAGGAAGCGCCGUUUCCGGUAAUGAGCGACUGACUGCUGACACCGCCAAACCCCGACGACAAACCCGCUGCUUUUGGCUUCUAUCGGGGUGAAAUUGUCCGCUCUUAUCCGGGCGGGACGUCAGACGGCUUCCAGCCAAGCGUUCGGCUGGAGAGAGGCGUGAAGCUGAAGUGAAGGCGCGGGGUUUGAGCCACACUCCACCGGCAUGGCCCGCGACUACGAUCACCUCUUCAAACUGCUGAUCAUCGGUGACAGCGGUGUUGGGAAGAGCAGUCUUCUCCUGCGUUUUGCAGACAACACUUUUUCAGGUAGUUACAUCACCACUAUUGGAGUCGACUUCAAGAUCCGGACGGUGGAAAUCAACGGAGAGAAGGUGAAACUGCAGAUAUGGGACACAGCCGGACAAGAGCGUUUCAGAACCAUCACGUCUACGUAUUACAGAGGAACCCAUGGGGUCAUAGUAGUGUAUGACGUCACCAGUGCCGAGUCCUUUGUCAAUGUCAAACGAUGGCUGCAUGAAAUAAACCAGAACUGCGAUGACGUCUGUCGAAUAUUGGUGGGCAAUAAAAACGACGAUCCAAACUCUAAGGUUGUGGAGACGAAUGACGCACAGAAGUUCGCAGAGCAGAUGGGAAUCAGUCUGUUUGAGACGAGUGCAAAGGAGAACGUCAACGUGGAGGAGAUGUUUAACUGCAUCACAGAGCUGGUGCUCCGGGCAAAGAAAGAGUCUGUGGCCAAACAGCAGCAACAGCAGCAGAACGAUGUGAUUAAACUCGGCAAGAAUAGCAAACGAAAGAAAAAAUGCUGCUAGUGCACGAACGGACGUUCCUCUGCACGGCGGUCGGCACACGCAGACGGACUGUGAUCGUCUCAAUUACGAUUUCACACAAACACGGUGCGGACAGAAUGCAGUCCCUUCUGGACCGAGACAAACCACAAAGACUUUUUAAAAGAAAAUGUACAGAUUUUAUCGGAGUCGAGGAGUUUCAUGUGGAAUUCGUGAUAUUUAAUAAAAGAUCCUCCUUCUUUAUUGAAGGACCAGCAAGCUGACAUGAUCGCCAAACCGUGCAGGUUUCUGUUUGCUUUCAGAAUUGCUCUCUAUUAUCCACCAUCUCAGGAGUGAUUUUUAUUUUCUUCUUCUUCUUCUUCAUUUUGCUCUUUCUCUAAUUUUUUUGUGGAAUGCCACGUGUUUUUUUUUUUUUUCUUUUUUCUGCAAGAACAAUUUGAGCCUUUUUUCCCUUUUUGCAUUUUUUGUUUAUGAAAUCAUGCAAUUACAGACAUUCGCUCAUCGUGGACUCCAUGCAAGACAGAUGCCAACAACUUUUUGUCAGUUUUAGCUCAUUUUUAGACCAUAUUGAUCAGUGAUCCGUCAAAAUAUCAGUCUUUUGAUUCUCUUGUUUGAUCUUUUUUUCCUCAAACCCGUUCCUUCCUUUCAUUGGGUGACUCUUACAAAAAGAGCAUGUCCAUGUUUUAAAUGUGAAAUUAAUAUUUUGCAUAAAACAAAUUUAAUCUGUUUAAGACCUAGACAAUUAAGCACAACCCAAACACAAGAAAAGUGGUUUAUCAUUUGUAAUGCUAUUUGUUGUACUGCCUUUAAUUAAUGCUCAUUUUAAAAAAAAUUGUUGCAUCAGUCGUUUUGUACUGUAGCGCAUUAAAACAUGUGGAUGCGUUACAUUAUCAUCAAAAUGUCCGUUUAAACCCUAAAAUUCUUGGCUUUAAAAUAGGCCAUGUAAAAUAUAGUUUCUUUUUGUCCUUUAGAUUUAGGGCUCAACAUGUUUUCAUGAGAUUCACAGCAUUAGUGAUCCGGAUAAAUGUCUUCAGGCCGAGGACAGCUUUCACAGACGUCUUCUGCCGCUUCAGGCUUGUGUUUUUCUGCUUUUGUGCUUCCCAUGAAGAUGAAAACGAUGCGGGCGGAAGAUACUGCCAUAAUCUCAGAUGGUAUGAUGACAGAAUUGCCCUCUCGUUCAGUGUUGCCAUAGAGUUUAGUAUUCAUGCGGACGCUGGAGUCGCACCUUUGGGUUUAUGGAUGCACCUGAUGUCAAGAUUUGGUCUCCUGCAUCUAUUCGAAGAGUGAUGUUAUUGUGUCAUACGAGGUUGUAACACAUUGUUACGAGUCCUGUAUGGGGCACAAGGACCUCAACUCAUCUGUACUCCGAAGACUCUGAUCCCCCCCCCCAAAAAUAACAUGUUUAUGCACAGUUGCAAAGGGUAUAUUGCUAAUAUGAAAUGUAAUAUGUUUUUAUAUGUGGACGGGAGAUGUUAUGUUAAUGUGUUUAAGCCAAAGGGGUGAAUCUGUUAGUGUUCAUCCCUAAACGGACAAAUUUCUUGAAUUUUCUUGACACUUUUACUGAAUAGAGUCUUUAUGGCAGAUCCUUUUGACGGAUGUGAUCUUCCUUUGGCGUUCUCCGUCGGAGGUGAAUCUCACCAAAACGUGACCAUGUCACAAUUCAACCCUAAAGAAAAUAAAGAAGCCCAUUUUUAAGCACAUACAUUUUUGUUAAAUUGUCUUUUUUGCAGAUAAUUAAAAAUGCUGCAAUACAAUGAUCUAAAAAAAAAAACAUAUAUAUAUAAUGCAAUAAAUUUAGAUCUGCGUUAAUGUCAUUACAACUAAUAGUAUAAUAAUAUACAAAUGCUUUACAAUUGAAAUAUGCAAAACAAAGAACCUAAAAUGGGUUUCACUGGUUUCGUUUUUUCUUUUGAGCGUUUUUGUGAGAUUCCCCAACAGGAAUAAUUUCAUUAUUAGUAUUAAUUCAGUAAGCCAAAACACACCAGAAGCCCUGGCUGUGCUGUGAGCCAAAUUCAACCCGGUUAUGUGACUUGUGUUCAUCGUAUAUGUGCGUAUACUUGCACGUAUGACAUAUUAGCACAUGUCCAUGCAAACUGUGCUGGUUGAAACACUUUUUUUCAGCUGUGGUUAUAUUAUACACUGGAGAAAUGUAUUAUGGACCUCCCCUUUAUGAAUUAAAUCAUUAAUAAAUAUUUUAAAGAAUUAAUAUUUGACACAA